GUCGUAAUUAAAUAAUACUUUAAAUGCAAAAUGUAUAAUUGCGCUUUUUUACUACAAUUUCUUCCAAACGGGAAAGUGUCAUUGACAUACUUGGGUUUGAGUAUAUCACUAUAAGUGCUCUCCUUAAUCAAAACAAAGUGAAGAAUCUGAAUAUAUAUCCAUUUAUCACUGAAAUGAUCAAAUUCAUAAUAACGCCGUUUUAAAAUCAGUUAUCGAAUAAAAGUUAUUACAGCUUGAUAUCAUGGCUUUUGCAGGACUAAAAAAACAAAUAAACAAAGCAAAUCAAUAUAUGACAGAGAAAAUGGGCGGUGCCGAAGGAACUAAGCUUGAUGUAGAUUUUGUGGAUAUGGAAAGGAAAACAGACGUUACAUUUGAAUUAGUGGAGGAACUACAAAUGAAAACUAAAGAAUUUCUGCAACCAAAUCCAACAGCUAGAGCUAAAAUGGCUGCUGUAAAAGGCAUAAGUAAGCUAAGUGGUCAAGCUAAAGCCUCUACAUAUCCUCAACCAGAAGGUGUUUUAGCAGAUUGUAUGCUACAUUAUGGGAAAAAAAUGGGAGAAGAUAGUAUUUUUGGCCAAGCUUUAGUAGAAAUAGGAGACUCGAUGAAGCAAAUGGCUGACGUAAAAUAUUCUUUAGAUGACAAUAUAAAACAAAAUUUUUUGGAACCAUUACAUCAUUUGCAAACAAAAGACCUUAAAGAAGUUAUGCAUCAUAGAAAGAAGUUGCAGGGACGUAGAUUAGAUUUUGAUUGUAAACGCAGACGACAAGCCAAAGGUUCUCACGUUUCAGACGAUGAAAUACGCCAAGCUGAGGAAAAAUUUGCUGAAAGUCUUCAUUUAGCUCAAAUGGGAAUGUUUAACUUGCUGGAAAAUGAUAUUGAACAAGUAGCACAGUUAGCAACAUUUAGUGACGCUCUUUUGGAUUAUCAUCAACAAUGCACUGAAAUUUUAAGGGUGCUUUGUGAAAAGUUAAUUGAAAAAAAAGAAGAAGCAGUAAAUCGACCAAAAUUAGAAUUUGUUCCAAAGACAUUAGCAGAUUUACAUGUAGAUUCAUUACCAACUAUAGAUACUCUUAAUGGAUCAAGUCAAGCUGGUUCUCCAGUCUCAGCUGAUGGAAAGCGUUCUCAACUAGAAUUAUUUCCAAUGAACAGUUCACCACAAUCCACCAACGUUUCUCCAUUACCCUCACCGAGUAAAUCACCAUCAAAAACACCAUUACAAUCUCAGAAACAACCUUGCUGCACAGCACUUUAUGAUUUUGAACCUGAAAAUCCUGGAGAACUUGGAUUUAAGGAAAAUGACACUAUUACUUUAAUCCAGAAGAUUGACGAUAAUUGGUUUGAAGGUUGUCUUAAUGGAAAAAUGGGUUAUUUUCCUGUAUCUUAUGUGCAGGUUAUUGUACCAUUACCCUAAACAGGUUGAAUUGAUACAUAAAGCAAAAAUUUUACUCUUUUAAAAAGUUUUUGACAUCUAUCGCAAAGUAGCUAUAAUAAAUACUAUUUGGAUUGUCAUUCAUCAUACUUUUGAAAUCACAAUAUUCGUAUAUUGAUGGAUAUAUGCUUUUCUCAUAACUACUUUCAGAAUUAAUAGGUUGACAAUAUUUGGUAAUAACAUUAAUGCUACCCUACAUACAUACUACAUAUGGAUGCUCAUCGUUAUUUACUAUUGAUUUAAAGAAAUGGAAAACAUUUUUAAAAUUAAAACAAAAAGAAAAACUUUAAAAUUUUCAUCCAACAGAAUUCGAAAAUAUUAAUUUUUUUUACUUAUAUACCUGAAUUCCCAUAAUAGACUAUAUUUUGAUUGUAUUUUUUUAGUAUUUUUAGU